GGCAGUCGAACGCCAAUAAAAUAAAAUAAAAUUAAAUUAAAAGUUAAAAUAUAACUGGCAGUCGAACGCAGUCAAAAAAAAAAAAAAAAAAAAUGGAAACACAUAAAACAGAACAAGCAACCACAUCGGCAGUGUCAAUAGAAGCUGCAGCAAAUCAAACUACAUCUGCUGCAACACGUCACUUGCCACAUAACAAUUCAACUUUUCAAUUACCACUAUCGGAAGCACUAAAAGAAGCAGCGAGAAUCCAGGAGUUCCGAGGAGAUAAUACAUACGACGUCACAUCAUUUAUUAAUGAAGUCGAACUUUUCAUCGACUUGUUUGCCGGUACCAACGUGGAGGAGUAUUUUUAUAAGCGGCACGUCCAAAAAAAAAUUCAAGGAGAAGCAGCUAACGCAAUUAGAGCCCUCGACAAUCCAAGCUGGACAGAAACAAAACAAGAACUCCUGAGGAAUUUUGGAGUUCGCGAAUCGUAUCAUCAACUGUACCACAAGGCGCUGAACGUAAGAAAUUAUAAUGGGCAAUGGACAUCAACAGGUAUAUUAAUCCUGAUGAUAAUACCACUAGUAAUGUCAACAUUAAUAAUCCAACCCAUCAACGAAAACCAUAAUGGAUAUGUCGAAAUAAAAUUAACUGAUGUACAACUAAUUGCGGACUAUACAACUAUACUACAUAUUAUAGAUCUUACUGAAAUCGAAAAGACAAUAGAAAACCUCCAAGAAAACGUAGAACAACUUAAAAUAAUAGAUAAUAAGGAACUUCUUUUAUCAGAAAUAAAGAAAGCUAGGACUAGACUACAUACCCUCCAGAUAAACAAAAAUAAAAGAGGUCUACUCAACAUCGUAGGUUCAGGUCUCAAAUGGAUAGCUGGUACCAUGGAUGAUGAGGACAGAUCCGAAAUAGAAAAUCAUAUAAGUACAAUAGAUGAGAAUAACCACAACAUGAUAGAAGCUUUUAAUAACAAUAUACUGAUAAAUAAUAAUUUCAACGAAACUAUGAGAAAACUAGCUAAAACAAUUGAAUUGGAUAGGCAAAAAAAUAACAGAAAAAUUUAA